AAUUUUAUCAGCUUCGUGGUUCUCUACUCUCUUGUCAGUUUUUUUAAUGGCCUUUUCCUUAAAACUAUGUUGCCUACAGAAAAGCUUUUCUGGUCGUUUUUUGCUUGCGUCUUAUACUGGAAUCCUUCCAGCCAACCUCUAUUUUGAAGGUGAUCAGUUUUCAGUACGACAAGGUGCUGAAAUCUUUGGAUUCUCUGUAGUAGUACUUAGUAGUAGUAGUAAUGGAAGCUGCCAUCCCCGAAAGCGAGCCUACGGGAGUCGAGGCGGAGGACCCGAUGGUUGCAGCUCCAGUCGUCAGUGAUAUCCCACAAACACCAAAGAAGAAGAAACGAAAACGUUCUCGCCAGAAACUGGAACAGCAGAAACCAGAAUGCGCAGUAAAUACUCUGACUGAAUCUGCACUGCCCGCAGGAGGCAAAGCUGCCCGGAUCCGAUCGCAAAACCGCAGACUGCCGCACGAUUGGGCGCAUUUGAAGCCCAUCGGCUCCGUGAUCGGAGUGACGCCGUUUAUCCCCUUCAAAACUCCCUUCAACAGACUGCGCUCGUAUCCGCGCCAUCUCCGCUCGGAAGCCUUCACCACAAAGCGUCUACUGACGGAGAUGGAAAAAAUGAAUCUGCAGUUGGGCCUGGUCGUGGAUUUGACGGAUUCCGACCGCUACUACCAGCCUGCACGAUUAAUUGAAUCGAAAAUCAAACAUGUUAAAAUACGCGUUCCGGGCAAAGGAGUGCCGUCGCUGGACACUUAUCGGCGAUUUUGCAUGGUGGUGGAAAAAUUCCUGCGGCAAGCGAAUGGCGCGCUAAUCGGUGUGCACUGCACGCAUGGGAUUAAUCGGACGGGAUGGUUUGUGUGUCGGUUCCUGAUGGAACGCUACGGGAUGGACGCGGAUACAGCCAUGCUGAUGUUCGAUCAGGCGCGCGGCCAUUCGAUGUAUCGCGACUACAUUAUCGAAGAUCUCAAAAACUAUCAGACAAAAUUACGUCCUUCUUUGGCAUCGUCUGCCAGGUGCCAUCAGGGAGACAAUGCUGUGAAUUUUUUUCCUCUUCUCUCUCGCGCUGUCUUCCUCCCAUAUUCACGGUCCUUCCUUCUCAUUACGCUGAUAUACCAGAAAAAUCGGGACGUGCUCCACUAACGACGUGGAACAUUGCGGAUUAUUUUUUUUUCC